AACCUUCUAAAGGACCAUCCAUAUGGAGGAUCAUUGAUGCGUCUCACUCACCAGCUUCCUGGACUGUGCGUCUGAUGUGGAAGGCAUUGGAGCCAUUUGAAGCCAAUGGAGUAGUCUUGCAGUAUGAAGUGACUGUCAGAGCUAAAUCAUCUCUCUCCAGUCCACCACAGAAAUACAAUGUUAAUACCACCAACCUUACGUUAAAACUGCAAAAUGGAACUUACGAAGUGACUGUGAUUGCCCAUAACAGAGUCGGGGCAUCUCCUCCAUCAGUUUUACUUAUCCCAGCGAGUAAUUCCAAAGCUCCUGUGAAGAAUGUUAGAACACUACCUAAAGAUGGCAAGUUGUGGAUAGGGUGGACUGCUCCUAACAGUUACGUUCUUAAAUACGUGAUCGAAUGGUGUCUGGUGUCCAGCAGCUCAGACUGCAUUAUAGAAUGGCAGAAUGAACCAGGAAAUGUUCAAGGAACAUACUUAAAAGGUGAUAUAAAGCCAUUCAAGUGUUACUUGAUAACUGUGUACCCUCUAUAUGCUGAUGGUCAGGGAAGUGGACAGUCUGUGAAGGCUUAUCUUUUGCAGGAUCGUCCUUCAAAAGGACCAACUGUUCAGACAAAAAAAGUAGGAAAAGCUGAAGCUGUUUUGACGUGGAACCAUCUCACAGUGGAUGAACAAAAUGGAUUUAUCAGAAGUUAUACCAUAUUUUACAAAACUAUCGAUGGAAAUGAAACAGCUGUGACAGUGGAUCCUUCCAAGACAGAGUAUACGCUUUCUUCUCUAACCAGUGACACACUGUAUACUGUGCGGAUGAUGGCAUACACAGAUGAAGGAGGCAGGAGUGGUCCUGAUUUUACAUUUACUACACAGAAGUUUGGGAAAGGAGAAAUUGAAGCCAUAGUUGUACCUGUGUGCCUAGCGUUCCUGUUGAUUGUGCUCCUUGGAGUUUUGUUUUGCUUCAACAAACGUGACUUAAUUAAAAAGCACAUCUGGCCUAUUGUCCCUGAUCCAUCCAAAAGUAACAUAGCUCAGUGGUCUCCUCAAGUUCCAGCUAAGCAUAACUUUAGUUCCAAAGAUCAGAUGUACCCAGAAGGCAGCUUUACAGAUGUAAGCGUCGUAGAAAUAGAAGCUGAUGACAAGAAGUCUUUUUCAGAGCAAGAUCUAAAACCCUUUGACUUGCUUAAAAAGGAAAAAAGUACUUCAGAAGGGCACAGCAGUGGUAUUGGAGGAUCCUCGUGCAUGUCUUCUCCUAGGCAAAGCGUAUCUGACAGCGACGAAGGUGAAACUACACAAAACACUUCAAGCACUGUACAGUAUUCAACUGUAGUACUUAAUGGCUACAGAGACCAAACACCUGUACAAGUCUUUUCAAGGUCUGAGUCCACUCAGCCACUGCUAGAUUCAGAAGAGAGAUCAGAGGAUCAUGCUGGAGGAGGUGACAGUACAACACAGGGGCAGCAGUAUUUCAAACAAAAUGGUGGUCAGGAUGAAACCAACACAGACAGGCCAUGCUUUGAAAGAACAAAGCAAAUUACUCCUGCUAAUGAGGGGGAUCUUGUUGGAUUUGUACAACUGCAGAUCUCAGGUCAGAGUUCACAGCCACUGGGCCUUGGGUUGGAAAAAAAUACCCAGGAAGCCGCACUGUCACAUGUUUUACAGACAAGUACUGAAGGACAAACUGUGAGACCUGAAACAGUGGAAAGAAAUCCACUGUCAGUUGAUGAAAUGCCAAAAAGUUACCUCCCACAGACUGUGAGACAAGGGGGCUAUAUGCCUCAGUGAGAGAAGAGACUGGCUCUGUUUAGGCCUUCGUUAGUGCCUGUUCACACUUUCUCCUGUGUUUCUGAUAAAUUAAGCUAGGUAUUUUUAUCUGAGUGCAGAUAGAAAUACUGAAAUUAAGCGAAGAGCAAUUUGACAAAGUACAGUAAGGACUGUUUUUGUGGAAAAUUUGCAGUCCAGACCUACCGGAGACUUACUUCUAUGCACUACAUAAAAUCUUAUGUCUGGAUAGCUUUGUGCUACCUUGGGUUUUUUGUGUCUUGCCAUAUCAGAUUUACACAUGAUUGAAAAUGGCAAGUUUCAAUUAAUCACAUGAGCCAAUAGACUUCCUAGAAGAAAUACUUUGAUUUGUGACAGUGUACAAGCCUAAAAAGCCAGCUUUAGUUGCUUGGAGCAU